UCUCGAUCAGGUAAAAAAAAGAAACGCCGUUCUUCUCCUCUUCCCGAAAAGCGCUCGAUUUGUUUAGUGCCGGAGCUGUUUCUAGUGCGCUCUCUCGUUCGUUGUUGCCCAUCGUCGUGAGAUUCCGAAUAAGCUUUUUGGCGAUUCGGGGUGUUAAUUGUGCCAUGGUGUAUUUCAAUUGGUGUUUUGUAUUACUUUCGUGCAUUUCUCCUCCGACUUGUCGUUUGAGAGAAACUAGAUCUUUUUUGUUGAGUAAUUUUUCUUCAUUUGGUUUCCUUUUCCUAUGUAUCUCGAUUGUUCUAGUGGGUCCUGGGUUGUAUCAACGACUGAGAUGGGUCUCUAGUUAAGCUUCGUUAUCAUCUAUGGAUGAUUCUUCCCAAUCUGCAAUAGUAUUGAAUCUCCUUCUGUGCUAUCUCUUCGGGCUGGAUCUUAUCUUAAUAGCUUUUGUAUCUUUGAAGAUAAUAAGUUUUAUGCAUACAGAGGCUGGUUUUCAAUGUUCAAUUGCAUGUUGAUUACUGAGUGUAUGGAUUAUGCUGCAAUGUAUUUGCUUUGGCUGAUUCUGGUGUUAGCGAGGUAGUGUUUCUAAGCAAUUUUGCCAUUUCUUACUUUGCCCACCAAAUCCUUAAUGGGUUUGAUUAUGUUUAUGUUAUAUAUCGUUUAAUGAUAUGUCAACUGUGUUUUGAAUCCUCUAUUGCCUGAAAUCUUGGUUACCUUUUGUGUUAGGUGACUUCUCUGCACUAGUAUUACUAGCUUUGACAAGAAUGGUGUUUGCACAAGGUGUCUUGCAGUAUUUUCUGAUUCUGGGUUAGAAUGUCAAAUGAUCUUGUUUCACAGCAGCUACCAAUUCGGAGCAUACAAAUGAGUCAACAGCUGGAACACAUUUCAGGCAAGUUGAACCCUUCAACACAGAUGGGUUUUGGAUCAGGCGCUUCCUUGCACGAUUCUUCAAUGCAACAAGUAUCUGUUCCCAUCAUACAAAUGGGAACGGUGGGCUCACAUCCCAGUGAUGCAGCUUCACAGCAGACAUCGGCCUCCAUAGGAGUUGGAACCACUGUAUUUAGCAACAACAAACAAGAGACUGCACAGAUUGAUCCUUUUUCCUAUAAUAUGGCAUCUGGGAACUUCCUGAUGCCUGAUAAGAAGCCCAAUUCCAUGGGGUCCAUGUUGCAGGAUAUGGAACCACAGCAGUUAGCAACAUCAAACAAGAGAAAGGCACCAAUGGGGGCUGCUGUACCUCAGAACCCUGUGCCCCAGAGAUAUAUAGCUCCCAAGCGGUUUACUCUAAAUGAGCAUAGGCCAUGGCUGCAGCCAACAAUGCCUAUAAUGAAUAAACCACCUGCCCAGAUGCAGUCUACGUCUUACACCCUGUCAUCCCAGCCUCUACAAGGGCCUCCUAGAAAGACUGCUCCUAUUAAAACUGGAGCACAAAGUACUACAUCUGUGCAGAGAAGUCAACCUGGUCCAAUGAAACCCCCGCCGAAAGUGAAGAGUGAUUCGUUUGCUUCUGUUAGGUCCAAGUUGAGAGAGUCAUUAGCAGCUGCACUUGCUCUGGUGCAAGAUAAGGCCAUUGGUGGUGGGAAAGACAAGAGUCAAGCAGCAGGUUCGUCGCCGGAACCACCUUCCAGUGCUAAUGGUACCAAUCUAUCUUCAGAACCAAGGGUUUCUUUGUCAGAGAACACUAAUGCCCAUAACAUAAAGCAAGAUGCUGAUUUAGUACAGAACUCACUGAAUGGUUUGCAGGAGCAGCCAUCAGGGAAUACGGUUAGCAUUGAGGAUAUUCCAUUUAGUGACAACUUUUUUGUGAAAGAUGACCUUCUUCAGGGUAAUGGACUCUCAUGGGUGCUAGAUUCUGAAAUGGAGUUGAUAGAUGAAACCAACAUUGGCCAAAACUCGCCAGAUCAAGAUAGUGCUUCUAAGCAGGUUCAGAACCCUGAAAUUUUGGCAUCUGAGGUGGAAGCUGAACUCUUCAAGUUGUUUGGAGGAGUGAACAAAAAGUACAAAGAGAAAGGCAGGUCUCUUUUGUUCAACUUAAAGGAUCGUAAUAACCCAGAAUUGAGAGAAAGAGUUAUGUCUGGAGAAAUCUCACCAGAAAGGUUAUGCUCCAUGACUGCUGAGGAACUUGCAUCAAAGGAGCUUUCUGAAUGGCGUAUGGCCAAAGCAGAAGAGCUUGCACAGAUGGUUGUUUUACCAGAUUCAGAGGUUGAUAUCAGAAAGCUUGUGAGGAAAACACAUAAAGGUGAAUUCCAAGUUGAGGUUGAACAUGAUAUGGAUGUCGUCUCAGCAGAGGUUGCUGUUGGGACAAGUUUCAUCAGUCAGCCGCAGCAGCAAGCCAAAUUGAAAGAAAAAGAACAGUUUCCUACACCGAACGGUGAGAAAACAAAUGACCGGGGAAAAACCCGAGAGGGCGAGGAUGCUUCUUACACCCUCACUAUUUCUUCUACUACUGAAGGAUCUGAUUUCAUGCAAGGACUGAUGGUGGAUGAUGAGCUCAAAGAUGCUGCAUUUCUUCCUCCUAUUGUUUCCCUCGAUGAAUUUAUGGAAUCACUUGACACAGAGCCACCAUUCCAAAGCUUGCCAGAGGAUGCUGGGAAAGCAACAACCCCAGAAAAGGAUGAUGGUUCACAGGUUGGCUCGGAGUCCAAGUCUCCUGUCGCCACUCCAGAAGAUCCCGCUGGGAGUUCUUCUGGCAAGGCCAGAACUGAUAUGAUGGAUGUGAGGGCAGAUGCUGCUGACGAAUCCAGCAAGAAAGAUCAUGUGAAAUCAGAUGCCGCCUCCCCUCCUGUUGUUGAUGAUGUGAUUAAAGGGGAACGAGUCUGGGAAGGCUCAGUGCAGCUUAAUGUUUCAGUUAUGGUGUCAUUCGUAGGCAUCUUUAAAAGCGGGGAGAAAACACCAUCGAAGGAUUGGCCUACCUAUAUCGAGAUAAAGGGGAGAGUGAAGCUUGAAGCAUUUGAGAAGUUCCUGCAAGAGCUCCCAAUGUCCAGAAGUCGUGCUGUUAUGGCGGUUCACUUUGUGUGCAAGGAAGGAUCGACUGAAAGUGACAAGGCAAACGUGGUAGAGGUGGCAGAGUCUUAUGUAGGAGACGAACGAGUAGGUUUCGCGGAGCCGGUUUCUGGAGUUGAGCUCUACUUAUGCCCACCUCACUCAAGGAUAUGCGGCCUGCUGAGCAAGGUCCUCCCGCAGGACCAAAUGGACGCCCUUAAUCUCCUUGCCAACGGACUAAUUGGCGUCGUUGUAUGGAGAAAACCUCAAAUAAUAUCUCCCCACCAUAAGCAUAGUAGCAAAGACGCUUCCAAGAAGCAGCAGCACUCUUCGUCGAAAAACCGGAACCCAAAACAUCAACACUCUGCCCUUCCACCCCCUCCUCCACCACCCAUUCGUUCCAGGCCGCCACCGGUUAAUGUUGGUGAUGAUGAUGACGACGACGAUGUGCCUCCUGGGUUUGGUCCGCCGGUGGCUGGUGGAUCAUCCCGGGACGAGGAUGACUUACCUGAGUUUAAUUUCAAUAGUAAUGCUGCAAAUAGGCCGCCGCCGGGUUUCCCCGGUGGUGUUCGGAGUUUUCAGUCGUCAAACUCCCCUCGUGGUCCUGUUGUCGACCAAAUGAGAGAACUUAUACAUAGAUAUGGACAGCCCGGUGUGGGUUCCUCCCCCUUGAAAAACUGGACAGAUAAUAGGGUUCCUGUACAACCAUGGAAAGACGACGAUGACGACGAUAUGCCAGAGUGGCGGCCGGAUGAUGCCCAGCACCAUUUAGCUCGGCGGCAGCCGACUGUGGUACACGGCAGCAAUAUGAUUCAGCAGCCAGUUCCUCAGGUGAUGAACCCUAUUGUGCAUCAUCAGACCAGUGCACUGCCACCUCCACCGCCGCCGCCAGGGUGGCACCAGCAGCAGCAGCAACAGGGCGGUGGGUGGGCAGAUCAAGCCGUGGGCCCUCAUGGCUUGUACCAGCAGCAGCAACAACCUAAUGGAGGACAGUUUUAUGGCGGGCAGCAAUGGUCAAGAGAUGCCCCUAAAAGUAGAGGCUUUUAGCUUUCCCUUCAUUUUGUAAAUAAAUUUGUUUCUUUCUUCUUUUAGAUAAGGUUUAGGAGAUGACAGAUACCCUUUUUAGCUUCCCUUGCUCGUUUCUUUUCAUGGUUCUUUAGUUCUCUGAACAACUUGUGGCAGUCACGAACGCCUGUAGCUCAACAUAGCGUCUUCCUUUUUUGUGUGGCUAUUCUCAAUGGUCAAUAUGCACAACUUAGAAAGGGUAGAAUAAUCAUUGUAUUCAUUGGAGUUGUCUGAAAACAAAUGACUAUGGGAACUGGCCCUAAGAAGUGUGUACUGUAUGGACAUUCGAAUCAAAAGUAAAGGG